AUGCUGCGCUUCCUGUUGUUCUUCUCUUGCUUUGUUGCCGGCUCAACAGCACCAGGUGAUGCUGCGCAGCGACGCCUCAUAUUUCAAUCAUGGCGCGGACUGUGCCAAAGAGCUCCGCAGGGAUUGGUAGUGCGAAUGGUAGAUCGGCUCAUGCAGCGUGCGCUUCUCCGCCUGUUCGCGCUCUCCUUCGUGCGAUGGGCGUUGGCCACCUUCAACGCGGACUUCGAGGAACUCCUGGAGCGCUUCCGUCGCACUGCGCAGGCCAAGGCGAAGGCUAAGGCCAAAGCGCAGCCGAAACCAAAGGAAAGGCAGGGCCAACGUCCUGGAAGCAACGGACCCUGGAGAAGCGCAGCGUGA